AUGCAAUUUACACUACCUAUGCUCCCCCAGCAUUCUUGACUACUCCAGCCAGAAAAUAUUUUUGUGGUGGCUUACUUUUGAAUUCUUCUGGAACACUUCAGAGCCCUUUUUAUCCUUCAAAUUAUUAUGAUAAGGCAGACUGUCUGUGGGAAAUACAAGUAGCAAGUAACUUCCUUGUUGUUCUCACAUUUAGAAGUGUUCAGUUUCAAGGUGGAUGCCAGAACAGCUACAUUGAAAUCUAUGAUGGGCCACCCAAUACUUCUCCCCUGCUUGGAAGAGUUUGUUCUGGUUCUUAUGUUACAUAUACAUCAUCCUCAAAUCUCAUGACUGUUAGAUUUCGCAGUAAUGCCAGAUAUUCAAGCAAGCGUUUUUUCGCUGAAUAUCACUCUAUUCCAGCAGACGAUAAUACCACCCUUGUGUGCUUGCCAACCUACAUGCAUGUAGUUGUAAAGAGAGCCUUUCUCCAGGCACAAGGCUACUCUGUGGAAAACGUCAUCUUAUCUAAUGGUUUCUGCAGACCAACAAUUACUUCAAGCCAGGUUAUAUUCAACAUUCCAUACAAUGGCUGUGGCACACAAAGACAGAUUGACAACGAAACAAUAACCUAUUCCAACGUGAUAAAAGUGGCUGCUUCUGGUUACAUAAUUAAGAGGGAAAAGGAUCUUAACUUGCACAUCAACUGCAAAAUGCUUCAGAACACCUGGGUGCAAGUAAUGUAUAUUGCCAAUGACAUUAUUAACGUCAGUGAAACUCAGUAUGGCAGAUACAACGUGAACAUUUCAUUCUACAAUUCGUCCUCUUUCCUGUGGCCAGUGUAUGACUCUCCAUACUAUGUUGACCUGAACCAGAAUUUGUUCCUUCAAGCUUCCCUUCAAAGUUCUGACCCAAAUCUGGUGUUGUUUCUGGACACAUGUGUGGCAUCACCUAAUCCUAAUGAUUUUACGACUCUGACCUAUGAUUUAAUCAGAAGAGGGUGUGUUAAAGAUCCCACCUUCUACUCUUACAACUCACCAUACAGAUACAUCUCUCGCUUUACAUUUAGUGCCUUUGAGUUUGUAAGGCAGCAUCCAUCAGUUUACCUGCAGUGUGAACUGGUGGUGUGCAGGUAUGGGGACUACUCUUCCCGAUGCUAUCAAGGCUGUGUGAGUAGGUUCAAGAGGAACGUAGAAACUCCCGAUGAAAAAGUGAAUGUUGUUAUUGGACCUAUUCAGCUUUGGGAAGCAAACGCUGAGAACAGGAAAGCUAAGCUGGACUCUGACCUCCAUGAGAACAGGGCAUCUCUGGGUGCCACCCCUGUGUCCACUGCCGGGUCUCCUGCUCCGCUUGCUCUGGCCACCGUGGCUCUGGUGGCAGCUGCUGUCCUCGCCGUGGGUGGGUUUCUGCUGAGGCGUAAGCUGAAGGAGCCCAUUCCCUACCAGAUCAU